AUGGAGAUAUCUUUUACCCUGGAGGAUCCUCCACCAGUUGGGCCUCCCAGUCGACAAACGAUUUAUAUCCCUGAUGAAGAUAGCACUAUCCGUUUCGUUGGUUACGAAACUUUAUUUUGGCGCGUUUGGAUUUGGAGGGCUGGAUGUCUCUUCUCCCUGGGUCUGUUAGCUCUCAUAGGACACUGGUUUCCUCGUUUCUGGCUUCAUUGGGUCACUCGCGAAGAACCAUUUAUUGAGGCUCACAAUGGUUUCAUUGUUGUCGAGUCGGCCUACAGAGCUAUCGCGCUGUUGCCUAUUCGUGUUCUAAACUACCCCUACCAUUUAUCGACCGUCUUCUCCCAGACAAUACCAAUUCACCAAGGACUGGAGCUUCUUCCACCUUCCGAUAAAGAUUAUAACGCAAACGAUGGCAUCAUGAAACGCGUCUUAGUGGUAGAUUAUCGGUAUACCCGGUUCGCCCUUGACCCAAGGACAGGGUUAUUUAGCAUGGUUAGGGACUGGAGGGAUCAGUCAUGGACCGCAGCGGCUUCUGUACACGGCGGUCUAGAGAACAAGACCACAUCUCAACGUGCGAUUUUAUAUGGAAAGAAUGAGAUUGAAAUCGAAGGCAAAUCGACAGUUUCACUUCUCGUCGACGAGAUCAUCCACCCGUUCUAUGUUUUCCAAAUCGCGAGUAUCAUCCUCUGGUCUUUGGACGACUACUAUUAUUACGCUUUCUGCAUUGCUCUCAUUUCCAUCAUCAGCAUUCUAUCGACAUUAAUAGAAACAAAAAAGACUAUUGCUCGCAUAAGGGAGAUGUCGAGACAUUGGUGUAAAAUGGAAACACUUAGAGACGGAUCAUGGACGGAACGUAACUCCACGGAUUUGGUACCCGGCGAUGUCGUUAACCUCUCGACAUCGAAUUUUACCCUGAUGCCUGCUGAUCUAUUCCUGUUGUCCGGGGACGCUAUUGUUAAUGAAAGCAUGCUUACCGGCGAGAGUGUGCCCGUCAGUAAGGUUCCCAUCAAAGAUGAUGAUCUGGUUCGUUGGCGCGAGGACAAGAGGGAGAACUCAAAGAGCUUUCUGUACGGGGGCACUCGCGUGAUUCGGAUCCGUGGUGCUUUUACGCCGGAAGGACAUGGUCGCCCUGCACUUGCUAUGGUUGCCCGAACCGGUUUUAACACGACAAAAGGCGCCUUGAUUCGGUCUAUGUUAUUCCCCAAACCAAUCGGAUUCAAAUUUUAUCGUGAUUCAGUCAGGUUCAUUGGCGUUCUCGCCGGUAUCGCUGGUGUUGGGUUUAGCUUCAGUGCUGUCCAAUUCAUCAGAAUCGGGUUGCCCUGGCAAACAAUCGUGGUUCGUGCUCUGGACCUUAUCACCGUUGUCGUUCCACCCGCUCUCCCAGCAACAUUAUCCAUCGGCACAAGUUUCGCAAUAUCUCGACUGCGCAAGUUUGGUAUAUUUUGCAUAUCUCCGAGCAGGGUGAAUGUGGCUGGCAAGAUUAAUGUAUGCUGCUUCGACAAGACCGGAACGCUGACGGAAGAUGGACUUGACGUUCUUGGAGUUCGAGGUUUAGAACGAAACAUGAACCAGUUUGGCGAGCUGCUGGAGGAUAUACAUGAUCUGCCACUUGCGAGGGAGAAAGCUAUGUUUCUACACGCCCUUGCAUCGUGCCACUCCUUGAAGAUGGUGAACGGAGAGGUGAUCGGUGAUCCCCUGGACGUUAAGAUGUUUGAAUUCACACGAUGGACUUUGGAAGAAGGUCGAGUUGCAGGUACUGGCAACAUCAAAGCAAAGGGAGCCAUAAUCGAACAGACGGCCUUAGUUCAAACAGUCGUCCGCCCUCCUGGGAGUGCCCAAUUUCGUCUUGAAGAUGCUCUAAAAGGUGCUUCACGGCAUGCCCAUUUCUUAGAACUCGGGGUCAUCCGUACUUUCGACUUUGUCUCCUCUCUUCGGAGGAUGAGCGUCGUUGUCAAGCGACUUAAGAGUAACAGCAUGGAAAUUUAUGUCAAGGGCGCUCCGGAAGUUAUGGCCGAUAUCUGUGACCGAGAUUCCUUUCCGCAGGAUUACGAAGAUCUUCUAUCGUACUAUACAAAACGUGGAUAUCGUGUCAUAGCGAUCGCAGGCAAGAGUAUUGACGGGCUUUCUUGGCUCAAGGCACAGAGAAUGAAGCGGGAACAAGCAGAAUCGGGACUGCGAUUCCUUGGCCUGGUUAUAUUUGAAAAUAGGCUCAAGCCUGGGACUGCACCCGCUAUUCAGGCGUUGCGUUCAGCGCAUCUCGCAUGCCGAAUGAUCACGGGUGACAACCCGCUUACUGCGGUCAGCGUAGCUAGGGAGUGUGGUCUCAUAAAUCAAGCUGCCCACGUCUUCACGCCUGUUUUCUUGAGAGGCAACUCAACCAUUCCAGCAUCUUCACUAGAAUGGUCAUGCAUGGACGAUCCCCUUUGGAGACUUGAUUCUUACAGUCUAAAACCCUUGGCCCCUCCUCAACAUCAUACCGUUGAAGCAGAGGAGCUCAACUACCAAGACUAUUCACUUGUGAUCACUGGAGAUGUCUUCCGCUGGAUGCUAAACUACGCACCUCUCGAGACGUUACAACGUAUGCUCGUGAAAACGCAAAUAUUCGCAAGGAUGUCUCCAGACGAGAAAAAUGAAGUGGUUGAAAGGUUACAAAGUCUAGGAUACACCGUGCUUAUGUGCGGAGAUGGGGCGAACGAUUGUGCAGCUCUGAAGGCGGCGGAUGUAGGCAUUUCACUUUCAGAAGCAGAGGCCAGCGUCGCAGCCCCCUUCACAAGUAGCACGCCUGAUAUUGGCUGCGUUCUUGAAGUCAUCAAGGAGGGCCGUGCGGCGCUUGUGACGAGCUUCAGCUGUUUUAAGUAUAUGGCGUUAUAUUCCCUCAUUCAGUUCACAUCGGUCACCCUUCUGUACUCUUUCGCGUCCUCCUUGGGUGACUUUCAAUUUUUGUACAUCGAUCUUUUCAUCAUCAUACCUGUGGCCAUCACCAUGGGACGAACGCUACCAUAUCCCCGUGUAUAUCCAAAGAGGCCAACGGCCAAUUUGGUAUCGAAAAAAGUGCUUGCAAGCAUCAUCGGACAGAUUGUGAUUACGAGCGGUGUCCAACUGUGGGGCUAUCUUUGGGUACGGCGACAAGAAUGGUACACUCCUCCGCACUCAGAUCCUACAGUGGACGCCGGAAACCACCUGGAAUCAACCAAUUAUGAGAACUCUGUCUUAUUUUUAAUAUCAUGUUUCCAGUACAUUCUUGUCGCGGCGGUAUUCAGCAUCGGGCCACCGUACCGUAAACCCAUGUGGACGAAUGCUUGGCUAAUGAGCUCCAUGUGUCUUUUGUCGGCUUUCAAUAUUUGGGUACUUCUUGCACCUGCGAAAGUGGUAUCCACACUAUUGACGCUGAUGCCGCUGCCUUUGGGAGCGCGAUACACGCUGCUGAUGGUGGCGGUGAUCAAUGUUGUGGUAUCAUUGUCUUUCGAGCGAUGGGGAGCACAGAGUGUCAGUGAUUUAAUCGGAGCUGUAACGCUGUGGUUACACCGUGGUAGGCGGCGAGUACGUGAAGGGAAGGCGUACAAGGCAGUUGAGGGUGGUAUGCGUUAG